GCGAGGCGAGGCGGUGACGGCAGACCGAGUUGCAGUCCAGCUCGGAGCUGACGUAGGGCUUUGCCGGGGCUGCCUGCGCGGUGCGGCGCAGAAGGAGCAGGAGAGUGGCUCUGGGUGAAGUUCUGCGGUGCUUUCGCCCUGCUGAACGAGCCACCCGGGCCUGGUUCGCACACGUACAGCCAUACACCGGGCUCGGCGAGCCACAUUGGCUUCAGGUUAAAGGCGAACCGAAGCCCAGGUAGCAUGAGCAGUCGUGUUGUGGCGCCUUAACCCUGUUAUGGGUUAAUAUAUUUUUACUCUGUGCAAGCAGCCUAGAAGCUAGGGAGAUGGCUAAUAGUAUUGCUGAACCCUUUUCCUGUGAUACUUUUGUGGCUCUGCCUCCAGCCACGCUAGGUAGCCAAAUCAUCUUUGGAAAAAAUUCUGAUAGGCCUUCUGAUGAAGUCCAGGAGAUUGUGUUUUUUCCUGCUGCUAUUCAUGACCCAGGACAAAAAGUAGAGUGUACUUACAUAGAAAUCGAACAAGCACCAGAAACAUACGCAGUUGUCCUGAGUCGUCCAUCCUGGCUGUGGGGUGCUGAAAUGGGAGCCAAUGAACGUGGGGUUUGCAUUGGGAAUGAAGCAGUAUGGGGAAAAGAAGAAGUCUGCAGUGAUGAAGCGCUCCUUGGCAUGGACCUUGUCAGGCUUGGACUUGAAAGAGCGGAUACUGCAGAAAAAGCUAUCAGUAUUAUUGUUGAAUUGGUGGACAAGUACAAUCAAGGUGGAAACUGUAUGGAGAGUCAAAUGACAUUUACGUACCAUAACAGCUUUUUGAUAGCGGACAGAAAAGAAGCUUGGAUUCUGGAAACAUCUGGAAAGUACUGGGCUGCAGAGAAAGUAGAACAAGGAACACGGAAUAUUUCCAACCAGUUAUCAAUAACAACUAAAAUUGACCAUGAACAUCCAGAGCUAAGGAAUUAUGCCCUAAGCAAAGGCUGGUGGGAUGGUAAAGAAGAAUUUGAUUUUGCUGCCACAUAUUCAUAUGUAAAUACUGCCAGGAUGACAACUACAAGUGGCAGAUUCUGUGAAGGCAAUAAAUUAUUGAAGAAACAUACAGGUAAUAUAACAGCUGAGACAAUGAUGACAAUUCUUCGAGAUAAAGAGAGUGGUCUCAACAUGGAAGGUGCUUUCAUGACCACAGGAAGCAUGGUUUCUAUACUUCCCCAAGAUCCUAAUCUCCCUUGCGUUCAUUUCUUCACUGGAACUCCAGACCCUGAAAGGUCUGUUUUUAAACCUUUCAUUUUUGUGCAAAAUAUCACCCAGCUUCUAAAAACCAGCUCUCCAGUGUUUGGCCCUGAGGAUCCAGUCAAGAAGCAGCCACGAUUUCAUACGAAGCUGGACAGAAGACAUGAGCUCUAUCGAAAACAUGAACGGGCAGUUGUCAUGAUGGAGUCCUCAAAGGAAAAGGCAGAACUGAUCAUGGAGCGGAUCCAAAAAUUGGAGAAAACGAAGAUUGAUGAGAUAGACCGAAUUCUCCAGAGUGGUUACCUGGAUGUUGAUCAAGCAGUUAAUCUCUUUUCAAAUUGUGUAGAAGAAGAAAUACAUAUAUAUGUGUGAGGAAGUAUCUGUUUCCUUUUCUUAACCCAAGUGUUUAUUUUCCAAAGCCGUUUUAUGCAUUGUACAAUGCUACUUCUGGCCAAAUAGCAUUUAUUAUGUGUAAGUUGGCUGGAAGAUAAACUACUGGCAUUAGCCUUAGUAGAAUAUAAUUGCUAAUUUAUCCACAAAGUUUAAAACAUCUACAAAGUUACUGAUUUUUGUUUACUUUGCAUGCAUUUUCAGUCUGUUUUUGUGUGGUAUUUCAUAUACAUAUAGCCAAGUAUCAUACAGUACAUGUUUAAUAAGCAGAGUUAAUAACAAUAAUUUGUUAAAAUUUAUAUUCUGCCCAACUCCCAGUGACUUCAACAUUUAAAACUCUAGCUGGACAGGAAGCAAAAU